UGAAAUGGUCCUAAUUUGAGCAAUUUUCUCUAUUGGAAUUGUGGAUAGGCUUACUCCCUGGGCUCCAUCUCACCCCUACCCGAUAACACUCCACUCCGAACUCCGUCGCCUUCCUCUUCUCCUCCGUACAACGACGUAUUACCGCCGAGUCGGAAGCCCUCACCUCGUAUCCGCGCAACAUACGACACUUUAACUUUCCUUCUCCCUCAGAGGUGUACCGUAUUCGUGAUUCUCCUCAGGUCUAGUUAUAUAGCAAUGAAUAUUUGGUUUCUGGAUAAUGUCCCGUGGUUUAAAUCUUUCUCUAAGAAGGAUAUGGCUUCAACCACAAUGUCCAGUACCAUGCGAAUACGGACUCCUAGACAAACUGUUCAUAUUGAUAUCAAGUUUUGGGAAUGGCCUAUAUUUUCAUUUAUUCCUUGGGCAAUUUCUGCCAGGAAUAAGAUUCAGAUACCAUCCACUGUCAACCAAAAGCUAAAACGUGGCCCACGAGCUCGUGGAAGAAGUGAACUUGUUUCUCAAAAUUAUAUACGCUUCAGACCAUAUGUCUCCAAGGUUCCAUGGCAUACUGGUGCAAGAGGUUUUUUAUCACAACUGUUUCCACGAUAUGGGCAUUAUUGUGGUCCCAAUUGGUCAAGCGGGAAAGAUGGUGGAUCUCCGAUCUGGGAUAGAAGACCGAUUGAUUGGCUGGACUUUUGUUGCUAUUGCCAUGACAUUGGUUAUGACACUCAUGACCAAGCUGAGCUUCUCAAGGCAGACCUUGCAUUUCUCGAGUGCUUGGAGAAGCCUCACAUGAGUACCAAGGGAGAUCCUCAUGUUGCUCUUCUUUACAAAACAAUGUGUGUUUCAGGUCUGAGGAACAUAUUGAUUCCUUACCGGCAACAACUCGUGAAGUUACAAUCAUGGCAGUUGCCUCUUCAGUUUGGAUGGUUAAGCAAUGUUAAAUUUAAAUGGCCAAAGCUACAUGCAUAACACUUGAAGAGAGAGUAUAUAUCUCGUGUCCCAAAUAAGCAAUUAAAAAAUCAGCAAUAUAAAUAAUGCUAUUCUUUAGUCAGAAGCUAUUGGCAUUGUAAAUAAUGGAGUAAUAUCUGUGAAGGUGCUAUAGCUAAAGACGAAAUUAUUAAUGUUACAAAGGUUGCUUGAUUUCCGAUCUUUAUGUUGUGUGCAAUAAUGUGUAUUGACUAUUGUGCAUACUUAACAUAUCAUAAUUCAUAAUUUGUGUAUACUAAAGAUCACGUUUGUAAUAAUGAGGGAAAUGACUAUACUGGGGGGAGGGGAAUAUAGAGGGAAAAGACUACUAUGGUCUAUGGGAAUUUAUAUUGUAUUGCUUGAAAACAUUUUAGAUAUGUUAGAUAUGAUGUUUUUAUUAUUUCAAUGAUUUUUUUUAUCUGCUAUUGAUUUUGUUAGAUUUCUUGAGAGAUGAGAAUAUAAGAAU